UAAAUUUGCACUUAUAAAAAUUCGUACUUAUGCAGCCUCCCGUGCGGACCUUUUCGUAAUUAAAAAUUUAAACAACAAAUUAAAACGAAGCAAAACAAGUGCUUAUGUUAAAUUAAAUAUUUUUAUCUAGAAAAUGGCUGAAGGUUUAUCUUUAGAUCUUCGAAAUAAAAAUUAUACUAAUGUUCCUGAAGAACUAUUUGAAAAUGAAGCCCUUGAAAGUCUUUAUAUUAGAGAAGGAAAUCAAAUACCGGCGUACCAACUUUAUUUGCUGCUAGAUAAAAAUUCUUCUUUAAAAUUUCUGGAUGGUCAGGAUGUGAUGUACAUGAGAAAUGGAAUUUCCAAUCUUGGAAAAAUAUUCUUGAGAAGGUUGCAAGAAAUGUUUUUGUCUAAAGCUGCUAGUGAGAUUUAUAAUGAACCUUCAAAUGAACAAACAAGGAUUAACAAAAUGAUUCAAUUAGCAAAGAAUACCAUAAAUGCUGGUCCUCCUUUACUGAAAGAAUUUAAAGAUUAUAAGCUUGAACAGCUGAUUGAACAAAAUUAUGACAAGUAUGUUUCAGAUGCAUUGGAAACAAAUCUAGAAAGAAAAAGUGAUAAAACACCGCCAGUUAAAAAAGCUAGACAACAAAAAAAAUCAACUCCCAAUAUCUUAUCAAAGUUAAAAAAUGAAUUGCAAUUGACUUGGUUACUUCAAACUCAUUCUAAAGAAAAUAAUCCUAAUGAUUGGUCAACAAAAGUAUGGAUGUGCGAGUUUGAACCUGAUAAAGACUCCUCUGGAUUGACAACUGAAAUUGUUGCUACAUGUGGGGGAGAUUCAAUAUGUUUUAUAAACUGUGAAACUGGACUUGUUCACAAAAAAUAUAAACAACAAGAAGAAGUUUUUUAUUGUAUUGCAUGGACUGUGUUACCUUGCCGUACAUUUGAUGGAGUUGGUGAGAGGAAGGAAACUUUAUUAGCAGCAGCUGGUGUCCUUGGAGAUAUAAUUUUAAUAAACACAGAAAAACUUGUUUGCUAUCGGCGAAUUAUGCACCAUAAAAAACCUGUUGAUGCAUUGAUAUUCCAUCCAAUGAAACCACAUUGGUUGUUUAGUGGUUCUGAAGAUGGAACAAUAGUGCUUUGGGAUAUUGGAUUACCAUUUAUAACUGAUGAUCCAAGUGUAAAGAAAAAAUUAACUUUGCAUUCCUCUCACAGUACCAUUAGACAAGUAGCUAUUUGUCCUCAUGGCAAAAUUAUAUUUGGAGCUUGUGAUGAUGGCUUAUACGCUUGGAACAUCAGUGAAAUUGAAGACAAAACAGAACUAAAAGCAGAGUACAGUUUUCGCUUCAAUUCUAAAUCAAAGCCUUUAGAUUCUGCAAAUUGUAUAAACAAUAAUUUAAUUGCUGUAAAGAGAAUUGCAGAAGGAAGCAUUUUAAUAUUUCGUUCAGAGUCUGAGUUUUUAAAGGAUGAUGCUUAUUUAGUUCAAACACUUGUCUGGAGAAAAACAAAAACUCCUUUCCUAAAAUUUCAUUACAAUGCAGGUUCAAAUAUUCUAUCUUCUGGUGAUGAUGAAGGAACAAUAUGGUUAUACGAGUUAAAGCUAGAAAAGAAAGGGAAAUCUAAAGUUGAUUAUGAAAGACUUGUAUGCAGUCACAAUCACACCAAAAUAUUUAAUCAUGUAGCUAUCUCUAACCCGCCGAAUUAUGUGGCAGCAGUGUCAGAUACUAAUGUUGUAGCUCUUUGGAAGUCAUCAUGAAUAAAUUGACGACAGUAUCAGAUGCUAUCAUGGGUAGAUUGGAGUUUUCUUACGUCAGUAGAAAUAAAAAUGAUCCUGUUUUAUCAAGAAAUUGCAAAAUUUCAAAGUUUGAAAUUGAAACUUCUUUAGGAUUUUUUUAUUAAUUUUUAGCAUAGUAAAUACAAACAUGUAACAUAGUUGCUACGAAAAAAAAAGUGUAUGAAUCUUAUUCAACGCUGUUAGAAAA